UGCAUCCUUAGUUAACAUCUAUAUAAUACCAUGUCAUUUGAUAUUAAAAAGUCAUUUGUAUCGCGUUCUAUUGUUGAAGCAAAUGAAGAAAAACAAAUAAACGAAAACAGUAGUGAGAAGCCAGCUGUUGUUCAGGAGGAGUAUGAUCCACGUACACUAUAUGAGCGCCUUCAAGAACAAAGAGCUAUAAAGGAAGAGAAAUUUUUGGAAGAAUCGCGUUUCGCUAAUCAGAUUAAACGCAUUGAUGAAGAGGAAGCAGAAUAUUUUAAAAUAUUAGCUGACGAAAAAGAGAAAUUAGAACGUCAAAGAAAAAUUAAUGAGCAGCAAGAAUUAGAAGAGUAUCGUAAAGCCGUUGAAAGUUCUAGAACGGCUUCUACAACUAGUCAAUUGCCUAUUUUAGAAACAACAUCAAAAACAACAUUCACAACGACUAAUGCUACAACUAAACAUCCUAUUAUAAAAUCAAAUAAAAAUUCAAAAACAGGCCUAAAGGGUGUACUAUUUGUUAAAAAGAGGGCGCGUGACGAGGAAGAAGAUAAGACUAAGAAUAAGGAUAAAGAUCAAAAGGAAAAAAGUCCGUUAGAUAAGAAAGUAAAAACAUCAAAUAAAUCAAAUCCAUCAAAUAAAAAGAAGAAUAAUGCCUCAACAAGCUCCCUUUCACUAUUAUCAGCAUAUGAGAAUAUAAAUAGCAGUGAAAGUGAAGACGAUGAUUAAUUUUAUUUGAAAGAAGAAGCUGUCGUUGUAUAAUAAAAUAAAUACUAUUGGAUAAGAACAAUUCCCCUAAAACGUGCUAGGGAAGUUUUUAGACUAUUGUUUUCAAAUUAUCUAGAAUAAAAGGCUUUGAAAGAUAGAUACCCAAGAAGCCUAUAAAUGGUUAUUGAACUCAAUAAUAAAGUCAUUUAUUUAUAAAAUUCUCUUAGCAUAGAGUAAAGGAUAAC